AUGGGACCUAAAAGUGACAAAAAGAAGUCGGUAAAUAAAGGCAAUAAAGAAGACGGGACAACACAUGGUACCAAUUCGUCACUGGGUGGUUUCUCGGGUAGCCCUCCACGUAAAGAAAAAAGUGCGUCACUGGAAGGAGAGAAAGUUUCCCUGAAAUUGGUUUAUCCUCUAUACAAAGAGCUAAUGAAGAAAACAGAUAAACACUACGAAAAGGUUCAAAAGAUUCAGAUGAAACUAAAUGAAGUAGAAGAGCGUCAAACAGUCGCUGAACAGACGAUAACAGAUAUGGCGGAGGCCGUAAACAACCUAGAUUACCGACAAACAGAAAUUGAAAUCGAAAGGAUCAGCGCUGAAGUAGAAGCGGCCAAGAUGGAGAUAAAGGAAUUAAAAGGUGAAACUAUAAGACAGCAGAGGUAUUCCCAUAGUUACAAUUUGAGAUUUGGUGGUAUUCAGGAGGAAGAAGGAGAAGACCCGAUGAAAAUAAUACAACAUCUGAUAGGCGACAAAUUUGACAUUGAGCCUGGAGUAGUAGAAAAUGCACACAGAAUAGGACUACGCGCCGAAAACCGUCCACCAAGACAUAUCAUUGUAAAAAUUAUACGCAGACCCGUAAGAAGACAGAUAUUGAUAAACAAGAGAAAAUUAAGAGGCAGUGGCAUAUAUGUUAAAGAAGAUCUAUGUGGAGCAGAUUUCAAGAAAAAGAAAACGAUGCGCCCGGUGAUGAAGGAAGCCUAUGAAAAAGGUGAGAAAGUAAGAUUCAGUAAUGGCACAGUCUACAUUAAUGGACAGAGAUACAAAGAGAAUUAA